UGCUAUGUUUAACAUCUCUCGCCCAGAAGGCAAUAGAUCUUACUGGAUCUAUUACCCCGUCAACAUCACGGCUCGCUUCAUCCUUCUGAAUCUUCAUUGUAUGGGCUGCACAUGCGAGUCCUGGAAGUAUGGAAGCCGUCUGAUCGACUAUGCUCUCGAGUACAGGUUCAUAAUGUUCACUCCUUGUGGAGUGGAAAAUGCAUUGUAUAUGAAGAGCUGGAACGCAGGUUCUUGCUGUCAUGCCACUUCAGCUGUCAACGACACGGAGUUCAUUCAAGCUAUGCUCAAGGAUCCUCGCUGGAACUUGCCCGACUGGGCCCCAGUCUACGCUGUCGGGUACAGUAAUGGUGCUAUGCUGGCCGAAACUCUAAUGUGUCACAACAUUGUCUCAAGAGUUGUCUCAAUCGCUGGGGUUCUUGUUCUAGAGAGAAAAACAGCUGCUUUCCGCGCCUGUGAUGCAAUCUUCAAUUCUACUGAUGAUAAGAGAAUAGCCCACAUCCAUGGCACUGAGGAUGAUUAUGUCCCGUGGGGCGGCGCCUGGGUUUAUCCUUUUCCUCCUGUCAGAGCCAGUAUGGCAAGAUGGGCAAAUAGGAUGGGUUGUGACAAAACUUUCAAUCGUACGAACCGUUUCGAAGGACGUUUUAAGUAUCUAGAUUGGCACUGCCCUUGGUCGAGGAAUGUAUCACUGGUUCGUGUUGAAGGCGGUCAGCAUAAGUACUACCAAAGAAGAAACUUAGAUGUGGCGAGCUAUGCUAUGCGCUUCCUCACAGCUGAGAAUCCUUAGGCUUGAGCCCAAGGGAGCCUCAAGACUCUUUCUGGCUCAGUCUAGUCUCAAAGUGCUCUUUUCAAAACGCUUCCCACUUUUUCUUCUCAUUCGAUUUUUUCAACGUUGAUAAGUUUAUGAUUACGAUGAACAUUAGCGCUGCGAGCGCUCAUCUCAUUCGUCUCUCAGCGCUUCCUAGUAUU